CGAGUAGGUAUUUGAAAUAAAUUAAUUUCGAAAAAUUAUUAAGUAAGAAAUGAGUGCCUUCUUAUUUACUGAUGGUCGAGAUCUUGUUGGAGUUACAAAAGUUCAAGAUAUAAAAUACAUGCAACUUUUGAGAUUUGCAAUGAAUAAUCUCUACGCGUGGCCUGGAAUGAUAGUGGACGAAAAGCCACCUAAAUACCACUUCUAUGGGAAGUGUUAUAUUUUUUUUAUUGAAUUUAUUUGUCUGCCACCUGGCCUGCUUUAUAUAAAACAUAAUCUUGGAACAAUUUCUUUUCUUAUCCUGGGUCGUACAUAUAUAACGGUAUUUAUGAAUAUUGUAGCUUUGCUCAGAUUGAUACUAAUUUUUCUGAAAGAAUAUGAAAACCUAGUAUGCGACUUUGUUAAUAAAAUACAUCUUUUUAAUCACAAACAUAGAUCUGAGUAUGCAAUGCAGGCCCAUCUUUUUGUGCAUAAGUUGUCCCAUUUCUUCUCUGUUUAUACGGCUAUGGGGGUGAUCCUUGGAAUACUUCUCUUCACUUGCACUCCAAUUUACAAAAACAUAGUUUCUGGAGCCUUCUAUAAUUAUAAAACGGGAAACGUUACAUUCGAGCACUCCGUUUACUAUCAACUACCUUUCGAUUAUGAACACGAUAUUAGAGGUUAUGCUUUAUUAUUCACAUUUAAUUGGUACAUAACAUUCAUAUGUUCUUCCUGCUUUGGCACAUUCGACUUGUUAAUGGCUGUAAUUGUAUUCCACGUUUGGGGACAUUUGAACAUACUCAUCAAAAGCUUGGAAAAUUUCCGAAGACCUAAAGCGAAAACAGGCGAAACUGUUGAAUGGUUUUCUAAGGAAGAAAUGGAACAGGUUUCAUCUGAACUAAAAGAGAUUGUUAAGCAUCACAAUCUAAUCAUAGAGUUUACAACAAGAAUGGGGGCAGUUUUUGGACCUGUAUUGAUUAUUUAUUACAUUUUCCAUACUGUUAGUGGAUGUGUAAUGCUAUUGGAGUGUUCCCAGAUGAAUCCGGAAGCUUUGAUUCGUUACGGCUCAUUAACAUUCCUAAUAUUCCAACAAUUGACACAAAUAUCAAUAGUGUUCGAACUUUUGAGGACUACGAGUUACAAUUUGAUAAACGCUGUAUACAGCGUACCAUGGGAGUGCAUGGACAAUUCGAACAGGAAGACUGUACACAUAAUUUUGUUACAAUCACAGAGGAUGUUGGCUAUUAAAGCAAUGGAUAUGGUUAAUGUGGGAGUGCAAACUAUGGCUACGAUAAUGAAGACUUCUAUUUCAUACUUCAUCAUACUACGCACAUUUGCAGAAUAGGACUAAUAAUGCUACAUAAAAGUAAAAUUUUAUUUAUACUUUAUCACUAAUCUAACUAUACAAUAUCGCAAGAAUAUCAUGUAAUUUGAAAUAGGCACUUUAGUAUAUCACACUUUAUUGUUAAUGAUAAGCAGUUUAAAUAAAUAGGAUUUCACACACA